AUGUCGGCGCAAAGCGCCCUGAUGGACGGGGGCGGCAAGACCGUAGAAAAGGAACAAGUCAAAGAGAUUGCGGUUAACGUCCACGGUUGGUGCCUCGACGAGCCGUUUCCAAAUCACGAACCCUUUGAGCUUAUCACUGCUCGGGCCACCAAGACUUCCGUCAACAUGAAAGGCCUUCUUGCAAAGCACACAGAUGAGGUCUUGAGAGGAGAAUUCUUUCGUGUCGUCGACAGCGAUUUCGAGUUCAGCGAGCAAGAGCGUGCGGAGCCAGAAGGCGAUGCAUACCGCCGCUACCGGGUCAUUGGAUACAUGUUCCCUCUCCUGCCAGACAACAUCACGGGCAGAUGUCCACCAUGGCAGAAGCAGGCCGGUGCCAAGGGCACGCAGAAGCCGGCGGCAGAGAAUCUUCUCGAAUGGAAGAACUUUGACGACCAGCCACAAUCACCGCCGGUCAUUGUCGUCAGUCCGGUCUUUGAUGAGCCACCUAGUGUGGUACAGUACUUCGGCCUCGUCAAGCCCAAAGACGGUGUUUGCGAGACGGUCAUUGUGACAUCAGCCGAGGUGUUCUUUCGUUAUGAGUAUCGCGAUGGAUCAACCUCGAAGAAAGGUCGGGACAAGGCAUGGCCUGCAAAGGUCGCCCGCGCUUGCGGCACGUCAGGCCUACCGUUGCUGCUAUCACGCGACCAGACACUGAGGCUUCGACCGAAGAAGUUUGGUGGUAGUAGUGGGAAGCUCACCGUGAGACCGGAACUCUCGCUCAUGAACGAGCUACGUGUCGAUGUCGCCGCUCUGAGGAUCAGCCCAGAAGAACAUAUCCGGAACCGAAUCGUCAAGACCCUGCAACGGUUGGAGAGUGACCUCGAGUUUGCUCCUCUCAUGACCAACGCUGGCCUUCACGGGUUUAUACAGGCAACGGAGUUUGAUGAAGAGAGUGCCCAAAAUGCGGUCGAAGAUGCGCGAGGAUUAUGGGGCCCGAUUGAGGGAAUGGAUACGAGAACUCUACAGAAGCUUCGGAGCUGUCUGGUCGCCGCCGAUCCCGACCAUUUCGACUAUCGAGACCUCUACGCAUUGUUCGCUCAGGGUUGUUUUGAGAUCAAACAAGCCGAGGCCAAUGGCGAGGAGAUCGACGAGAAGGAGCUGGGAUGCCGCGUGCUGGGAAUAGCACAUCGAUGUACUCCGCCCACGCUGGAAUCACCAUCGGCCAUUCUUGCCGAGAACGAAAAGGAGUUGGUUGUCUUCGUCGAGGCGCUUCUUGCCAGACUCCAGGACAUGUUGAAGGGCUGGGAUGUUUAUGGCAACACCAUGGCCGAUGCCUGUGGCUCCCAGGUCACCGAUGAUGGCGAUCCCCUGGCCAUUUGGGCAAGAUAUGGGGAUGCAAGAGACACGGAUUCCGCGCGAGUGGCGAUGCAGGAGAUCGGCCGUGCUCUGGCUCGAGCCACACACCGUGGUAUGACCGAGGGCAUCAUCGAGCCACUCCGGGUUUGCGUUGGACUGCUCGAGAGUGUACUGAAGGAGGUUCGCAAGGCAGCCGCAGCAAAGGACGAUGAAUGA